AUUACAAGAACUAUCGAGAAGGAAGACUGAAAAUGGCCUGAAUGUUGACGACGGAAACGUGAAGCUCGAAAUUACAUAACAAUCUCAUCAGUAUGAUAAUAUUGAAGACCUAUGAUGAAAUACAAGGAAACGCUUUAACAGAAAGCAAUGACAACUGUAUACUGUUGGGGGAAAGCCAGUGCUGGUCAACUUGGCCUUGGCGCUAUUGACCAUGCCUCCGUGGACACCCCAACACAACUACAUAGCCUUGAAAGGAAGGACAUCUGUGAUAUCAGCUGUGGAGACAAUCAUACCCUUGUCGGCUUCACUGAUGGGACAGCUCACUCCUGUGGUGAUAAUGAUUAUGGACAGCUUGGCCAUGAAAAGUCACGAACAAAACUAGAGCAAAUCAAUACCUUACGGUCACAACAUGUGAUAAGAGUGAAGGCGGGAUCAUCACACAGUAUGGUGCUGACAUCUGCCCAUGAGGUUUUCACUAUGGGAGAUAACUCUCAGGGACAGCUUGGAAGAGGGAAAAUUUCAGAUGAAAUGGCCCGUAUGCCAAAGCUGGUCAAGUCCUUGGCAAUUCACAGUGUGGUGCAGAUCUCCUGUGGAAACAACCACUGUCUGGUUCUCACAGCAGAGGGUCUUGUGGGAGCAUGGGGUGCCAACAACUACGGCCAGUUAGGUCUUGGUAACAACACUGUCCAUCGAGACACACCAGAAUUUCUAACCUGUCUUAAGGGUAUCCCUAUCGCUCAGGUAGUUGCAGUCGGAAACCACAGUUUUGUCCUCUCUAAGUCUGGCACUAUGUUUGGCUGGGGAAGAAACAGCUUUGGGCAGCUUGGGUUGAAUGAUGAAAGAGAUCGACCAUUCCCAACUUUGUGCAAAUCACUCCGAUAUCAGAAAAUCAAAUAUGUAUCUUGUGGGGAGGACCACACAGCUGCACUCACUCAGGACGGUGGUGUAUUUACAUUUGGUGCUGGCAGCUACGGACAGCUGGGUCACAUGUCCACCAACAAUGAGAUCCUUCCCAAGAAGGUGAUGGAGCUCAUGGGCACGGAGAUCUCACAGAUAGUCUGUGGCAGGAGGCAUACCUUAGCAUUAGCAGUGUUAUCAGGCAGACUGUAUAGUUUUGGACUUGGUGGCAAUGGCCAGCUUGGACUUGGAAGCCAUGAUAACAGAACUAGCCCAUGUGUAGUGACAGGUCCUUUAAAGUCACCUAGUGAUUCUGUGCAAAAUAAUCAAGCAUCUGUGAUAAUACAUGUACUGAGGACUUUUUCUGGGAGUGAUCAUUGUUUUGUGAUAGUAACUACAGAGGAUGGAUGUCGUCCAGCGGACUACAGGGACAUAGACCCAGACACACAGAUCCUCACCCUCAGUCCACAGAGAACUCAAGAAAUUGCUCAACUCAAAUCAGACGAAAUGCCAUCCAUAGACUUGUCUGAAGAUGUCACAAAAAUCUUCUCUCAUGCGUCUUGUAUAAAUGGGUCAUUCUUAGUUGAACAAGACCUCCACUAUGGCAGCAGCAGUCGCAACCCUGGUGUGGACAUGCAGAGUGUCAGGCACCACCUCCAUCAACUUGGACAGACAUCCAACGUUAUCAUCAUUCAGAGGAUAACCAACAGCAUAGAACAAGAUCUGUUACCUAGUCUCCCUGCCUCGCCCCCUGAUGUGGAAGCCCUAAGGGUGUUCCUCAUCCUCCCAGAAUGUCAUCUCUUUGACCAGCCAAAGUAUUACAGCUCCCUCAUCUGCCCAUUUGGGAAAAACAUCCUCAACCUUGACCGAGUGGCGUCCAAAGUUCUAGAUUUAUGGUGGUCAGCAUUACCGGAGACAUAUUUCCACAGAAUUGUCAGCGUGUAUAAGCAGUGUGUCCAGUAUGUCCUGCAGCUGCCAGACACUACAAAUCCACAUGAGAGUGAAAAGCGAGGCAAGGGCCUAUAUGUGUCACUGGAGAUCUUAAAGAAGCUGAAUGUGGUCAAUGAACAGAAUGGGCAAAUUAUUCCCUAUCACAAGUUUUAUGUAGGGGAACUCAAGGACAAAAUCAACAUCAAAGCUGACUAUGUCAGUUGGGUGCAGCAGAACUCCAGACUAAGGCAACAGGGUCUCCACUUCUGUAACUACCCAUUCCUGUUUGAUGCGGCUGCCAAAAGCACUCUGCAGACCGAUGCUAUGAUGCAGAUGCAGACUGCGAUAGAUGAAGUUGCUCAGAGGAAUUUCUCAAGUCUCUUCCUCCCUAUCGACCCAGUGAACCCAUGUCUCGUCUUAUUUGUUAGUCGUGAAAAUUUGGUCCAGGACACUCUUCAGCAGCUCAUUAAGUAUACAAGUGCUGACCUGAAGAAACCUCUCAAAGUGGUGUUCCUCGGCGAGGAGGCAGUUGAUGAGGGCGGUGUCCGUAAGGUGCGACUCAACCUCGUAGCAAAUAUAAACUCUCCCAAGUAUGGGAUGUUCCGCUACCAUGAAGAAUCCCACAUGCAGUGGUUUAACCCACAGACAUUUGAGGACAACUCCAUGUUCCAUCUGAUCGGGAUCCUCUGCGGACUAGCCAUCUACAACUUCACCAUCAUUGAUCUGCACUUCCCACAGGCGCUGUAUAAGAAACUACUGAAACGAGUACCGACAAUAGACGACAUGAAACAACUUCUGCCUACUGUAGGGAGGAGCUUGCAGCAUUUGUUGGAGCAUGAGGGGAAUGAUGUGGAGGAAAUAUUUGGCCUUACCUUUGAGAUCACACUGGAGGUGUUCGGGGAGGUGAAGACCCUGGAACUGUGCGAAAAUGGCAGCAAAAGGUGUGUCAACCAAGACAACAGGAAAGAGUAUGUGGAUCUCUACAUCGACUUCCUGUUUAACAAGUCUGUGGAGAGCCAGUUUGAUGCGUUCAGCAGUGGUUUCCUCAAAGUCUGCGGUGGUAAUGUCCUGGAGCUGUUUCACCCUCAAGAACUGCAGGCAAUGGUUGUGGGCAACGAGAAUUAUGAUUUCAUGGAACUAGAAAAGAACACAGAAUACAAGGGAGAGUACCACCGGUACCACCCGACCAUCAAGUUCUUCUGGGAGGUCUUUCAUGAGAUGGAGAUGGAGGACAAGAAGAAGUUCCUAUUAUUCCUCACUGGCAGUGACAGGAUUCCAAUAUUUGGGAUGAAAUAUGUAAAGAUGGUGAUCCAGCCUACAGGGGGAGGGGACAACUACCUGCCUGCUGCUCACACUUGCUUCAACCUCCUUGACCUGCCCAAAUACACACGGAAAGAUGUCCUCCGAACAAAGCUUCUCACUGCCAUUCAACAGACUGAGGGAUUCGGUUUGGUCUAAUCCAGACUUCAGUGUUGUGCUUGUCAGUUUGUACCAGCUAUGACUGGUACCAUUCAGUUACUCGGUCUGUGCUGGUUGAAACUGGUACCUACCUUUGCUUAGUUUGUUAAAGUCAGCAACCUAGCAGCUGAGACUGAUGAAAACUGAACUCAUUUCCCAGGGAAAUGACCUGUACAAAGAAUAGUGUACAGACUCCAUUAUAUCUUCCAACCGUUGUAUAAAAUAUUACAAAACAUUACAGGUAUUACAAUGUCACUUGACUAAUGUGAAAUGUGGUUUGCUGAUAAUACUUCAUUGUCUGUUGUCUCAUGUUCAUACAAUGCUAAAACAAGUAAAGGA